AUGGUGAAGUCGUCGGGGGGCCGUUGGAAGGGAAGUGGGUCGGGGUCGGCACCCUCUUCUCCGACGCGGCGGCGAAAGAAGGGGGGCAAGAGGGGCAGGCGUCUUUGCCACAUGGAGGGGUGCACGCUGUGCCCGUCUUUCGGGUUCGAGGGAGACGUGGCAGUGUCGUGCUCGCACCACAAGGAAGACGGUAUGCGCAACCUGACGGCGCGUCGCUGCCAGCACAAUGGCUGCUUCACGGUGGCCAACUUUGGAUUCCCGGGCGACAAGCCUGGAUACUGCGCGGCCCACAGCACAGAAGGCAUGGUGAAUCGCAACAAGCCCCGCGGCUCCGAGGGCAUGCUAUCCGGUAUGACCGUCUCGCGAAGCUCUCGCCGCGCUACCAAGGCCAGCAUCGCCUCUUCCUACGCCACGGGAGGGUCUGAAUCCGCCGCAGCAUCCGGAGCACCGACGGCGGCUGCUGCUGGUGCCGCUGCCGCUGUUGCUACCACUGAGGGCAGCGGUGGCCUGGCGAGGAAUCAAGCCUCCUCCGGCGGUAAAGAAGUUCUCACGCGGACGGCGGUUUCGGGGGACGUUGGGCUGGGCCGCCACCGGGCUUUCGGCAACGGUGCAGAGACUGACGCUGCCGUUGCACCCGCGGUAGCGGGCCGGGCGCGUGCCAGCGGCUCGCGCCGGAGGGGAAGCUACAGGGACAACACCAGUUCGGACGGCGACGAGAAAGCCGAGCUCGCAAAGUCCUUUUUCGGCGGCGGUAACCACAGCAACGUCACCGGGGGGGGCAGCUUUAAGAGCGCCAAGGCCCAAGCGCAGGAAGCGGCGGCGGCGCCUGUGCCCCCGCCCCCGGUAGCGUUCAUCGCUCGGGGAGACGGCGUCGAGGCCGCCAACGCCCGGUCACAUGCGGCGAGGGCGGGCGGCGGCGGCGGUGGCGGCGGUGGCGGCAGGCGGCCGCGGGGUGACAGCAAGGGGCUCGGGUCCGCGACCAUAACCGCCGGCGUUUUGCAGCAUCAGGAGGCGUCUAUGCCCGUCUCUCGUGGCAAAGGCAUGCUGCCCGUCGUGGAGACAGCCGGCGGCGGCGGCGGCAGCGGCAGGGUGGCGGUAGAUGUCAGCUUCUGCGGGGAUACGCGGAUGGACGGGUCCUUCCUGAUGGACGGCGGGUCCUUCGGGGAGACGAGCUUUGGGGCGGGGGGCGCGAGCUUGGGGGCGGGCGUGGACACCGGGCGGGCGGAGCUGCGCAGCAUCCUGCUGGGGGACGCAGGGGACACGCCAGAAGUGCGGGAUAGCGUAGCGGACGGAGGCUUUAGCUUCGCAGUUCCAAGCAGCAGCGCAAGGGUCGCUAGACCAUCACCCGGCGUUCAGUCUAUACAUGAGGCUUCGCGGCCGGCUGGAGGGCUAAGGUUUGGCCGUGAUUCUGCGGCGUCGGGGGGCGGGGAGCAUGCGGGUGCCAGAUCCUCCUUCGAGAGCGGCGGCUCCCUCGCGAGCGGGGGUGGGACGGCGCCGGCGCCGGCGCCCGCGGCGGGAGUGUUCGUUGACUUCGGGCUUGACCACCUGCCGGAGCUAAGCAGCAACGACUUCGCCGGCCUUCGCGGCAUGGAGACCGGCGUCGGGGCCAACCAUCUUCCCAGAGUGACGAUACAGCAGCACCAGCAGCGCACCGCUAGCCGCGGGUCGUACGACCUCGCGGGGGCGGCAGCGCCGGCGCCGGCGGCGGAGUUCUUCUCGAGCUGUGAAGGCGUUCGUCUCGGGAGCGACUCGUCGGCGUCGGCAGCAGCGGCGGUGCUGGCGGCGUCCAGCGUUGUGAGCGACGACGUACCUUCCGAAGCUUUCUCCUCCCCCGACGCUUCUUCGGUGUCCUUCGCGGCGGAACCCCCUCGUGCUGCCGCCGCUGCCGCUGAGUCCCGCCCGCCGUCGUCGAACGGCGGCGACGCCCUAAUGGCGACGGCGGCGGCGACCAGGAUGAUGAUGCCGGGCGAGGAGGCGUGGUGGGAGGUCCUAGAAGGGGAGGAGUUCGUGGCCAUGCCGGAGCCCACCUGGGGGGGGGUAGGAGGCCUGGACACGCAGAGCAUGAUGGAGGAGUCGCUUCGGGCCAACCCCCGCGGAUGCGGAUGGAGGAGCAACGGCGGCGGCGGCGGCGGCGGCAGCGGCCGCGGGGGCGUCGAAACCAAUAGAGGCGUGGCCGAGAGCGGUCGUAGUCCCCACGGAGACGGCGGCAGAACGGUCACGUCCCACGCCGCCACAACUAGGUCGUUGUCGCUCGAUUCUUCCUCCAUUGCAGCGGCGACGGCGGCGGCAGGCCUCGGUGGAGUCUUGGUCAUGCCGGGCGACGAGGGUUUUUCAGGAGACAUGAGCGGUAGAGACAGCUGUGGCCGUAACGGAGUCGUCCAUGGUAUCAGCGGCGGCGGCAGUGGGGGUCGGCUGUGUCCCUCCUCUAAGAAGUUUGCUGCGUCGGUUGGAGACGCACGUGUGGCAUUCUCGACCUCUCCGUUCAUGCCCGAUGCCCCCCCCGCCGCCUCUCGCGCGAUGAAGCCGUCGUCCCGCGAGCUCGGAUCAGCAUCAACAACAUCGACGUCACCCUCCGGUAGCGUUUUCUCGCCCGCGGCUUCCUCCUCGCCAAACGGCGUCUACCCUACCGGCUUCGGCCUGGCCGUGCACAGCCAGGUCCCGCUUCCUCACGGCGGCGCCGGUCUGCGCUCGGCCGGGCAGGGGUCUGCUCAUGAAAACGGCGGUUUGAGCAAGGCGUGGGUGCCCGGAGACAUGUGGGCAACGACGGCGACGACGACGACAAGCGGGGACGCGAUGAGCCCUUCCAAGUGCCUGUCGCUCAGUCCCGCCAAGGCAGUGACGGUCAUGGCCGCUAGCCCCUCCUCGUCCUCGCCUGCUCUGUCCAUGCUCGCCCAGUCAACGCCCCCGUGGGGUGCGGGCCCGCUGUGCUCCCCUCAGCAGACACGGGCAGCGAGCAGGGCCUAGCCUGGCCAGGCUAGCACGGAAGGGCCUGAACAGUACCGGUGGCGGAGGGAAGGAGGGAGGGAGGUUCAUGGCCGGGGACGCACAGACAUCAAGUGUACAGCCGCUGGUGUUCACCAUGCCGGCCGUUCACGGCCUCGCAGGCUUGCACAUGUCGGGUGGCGUUUGCGGACCAAGGUGUAACGGGGUCUGGUACCCUUUUUUUUUUUUUGCCUGUCUUCUUCAACCUUGUCUUGGUGAGUGACUGUCCCCAUCGAUCGUCGCAUUUUUGCGCUAGAGUUAGGAUUGGCAUCAAGCUCGGCAUCAACCGAGCCAAAGCGAUGCUAUUCACACGAUUGGUGCUUCCUAGAGUUGGCGGUGAUGUUCGCGGGGCUUGUGAGCUGCGGUGGCACCAGCAGCCAGUGUCCCAAGGCGGGAGGCAGUCGGGCGGUGCGACGUAUCGGUGUGUGGGUGUGCGUGUGUUUGGAAGGGGGUUGACUCACUUGCGUCAGUUCAACGAGUGUGCGUGCUUGCAGUGCGGCGAGGUGCCGAGUGCAGGGUAUGAUCCGCAAACGCCUCUCGAACAAUAUUAGUAAGGCGCCUUGUCGUCGCCGAUGUUGUUGCUCCAGUUGCUGCGGCGGCAGCAGAGCACACGUUGGUAGAAAAAUACCCAUACGGGGACGUAAGCCGUAAGUUGUGUGGUUCCUUGUCUGUGUGUUCGAUCUGAUGGUGUUCAAGUAAAGGCCCACGUCCUUGGCCUGUCUUCUUUGGUUUGGUUUGGUUUGGUUUGGUUUGGUUUUGGUGGGGCUUGUCCCUUCGAGGUAGUAUGGGGCGGGUUGCGUCUCGCUGCUCCUUUUCUCGCCCCCGGGGUCUGUGCUGUGCCGUGCGGCACCAUGAUUGCUGCACGCGAAAAUUUAUUGAUUGAUGGUGUUGUCCCUUGUUCUGUAUGGUGAUCUGUGGCUUGUUUCGACGCUUCGCUUGGAGUUAUCAUACGUGAGAUUUACCAUACCAUACCACGAGAUGGAACUAAAGUUGGUUUUAUAGGACCCAUUCUAACGAUAGGUGUAGUCGUCACCAGAAAAUCGCAUAGCGUCCGGUGAAUGUUGAGUCAGUCUCUCGCGAUGCCGCACCAUGUGGUUAGAUUGGGGUUGGCCGCUACUGCUGUACCGUGCAUUUUUUCCCUCAGAUUUUCAUAAUGAAAGAAUUUUCAUGAUGAAAGGAGCGCUGGAAGAGUGCCCUAGCGACGGUUUUUAAGCGUGACGCACGUACGCGCGUUAUGCAGCCAAGUACAGUAUUUCGUAGUAGCUGAAGCGAGCUACCUUUUCUCGUUUCUUUUUUUUAUAAAAAAAAACACAUUAGGCUCGCUCACCCCUUGUUAUCCUUGGGUGUUCCUACGUGCCUCGUGGAGCGUGCACGUGACUUGUUUGUAGGUUCAACUCGUGCGAGCAACGCGCUUGGCAAGAAGACAAGCUGGUGCUUGGCUUGUGCAUCAGACUACUGCUACUGAUGUGUGUGUGAGGCACGUAAAUAAUGAGCGUCUCGUGGUGGCACCUUUCUCAUUUUCCGUAUCUUGUGUCCGCCCAUCCAGUUGGAGUGGGCCGUCGAGAGAAUGAUUGAUUGUCCAGCGGUGGCGGCUAUCCUAUCCUGUCCUAUCCUGUCCUUUGGUAUCCCAUCCACAAAAGAGAUAUUCUCUUGGCUGCAUGGAUCCGGAUUAUCCACUUGUGGUGCGGGUGAAGUUGUUGUGCUAUCUUUAUUUGGUGUCGUUGUUUUGACUGUGUCGUCCGUUGCCUGCGCGCAUGCGCCUUUACUGUUACGUGCGUGGUGCUGUCUUUUAUUUACUCGUGGGUGGGGUGAUUGAUUCAUUGAUUCAUGUUUCAUUGUUGACCUUUAAGCUUGUUGGGUAGGUGGGUUGGGAGGCGUUCUUUCUUCCGUUGUUUCCGUGGGAGGGAGUGAUUGCUGGGAUAUUUUUCGGUGACAGGGAGGGGUAUGUCGUCAGUCGCUGCCGUUUUUGUUCGGGUACUAGUCUAUACCUGUGUGUGGGUGGGAUAAAAAAACGCUACAAGAGUCCUUGCAUAUUUUUAAGACGGAUGGGCGACAGCGAGCGAGCUUUGGAGAAGAACGAAAACGUGAAGGUAUUGUCUACAUGUCUACAUACCUGUGAACCACUUUUGUUGAUGCCCGAACGGGGUCGAGGGGGGUGCAAGACCUCCGAGAAUGGGUGGUUAGGUGGCGGCGGUGAAGUUUUUUGCAAAUCGAUUGGAGAGACGAGCGCCGGUCUUUUUUCUCCGAAAAGCGUCCCCAUCUCUCCCACGCAAGUGGAGUGUUUUGUUUUAGUUUUUGUUCCCUUUGUUUCUUGGCGCCGCCGCCCCACGGACCGUGUCAAAGCUUGAGAGCUGUGGUAGCGUGUAGAGAGUUAAUAUGGCCACAAACAUACGUGAGCCUGUGGUAGUAGCUAAAGAGUGAAAUGCUGAUCCGUAGUGAAGGGCGCGCCGGGGGCACCGCGCAGUGGGUAUCAGCUCUCCCGCGAGAGAGAGCAAAACGGUAGCAUCCUAGAAGAGCGCGGACAUGAUUAUUCUGCUGCGGAGCUCGUGAUAAUAAGGAGCGGAGCAGCGAAAGGCUGGGUGUACUUGAAGGGGAGGGUGGAGUGCCUCAAGGGAUUUUAUUUGGCGUGACAACGCCGAAAAUAGUAGUGGGGGGUCGGUUGCAGGUGGUGAUGGUGGUUUUGGUGGUGAUGGUGGUGGCGUGCCCUCGAACGAACGAACGAUUACAUGGUUUUGAGUAAGGAGGUGUCUUGCGCUGCGGCGGCGGGCAAACUCACUCCCACUCCCUCUUUUUUUUCUUGCGAAUUUGUUAACGUCCCUUCAAACAUCAUGGAGGCAUUCGCGACAUGUCAAAAAAAAUUGGUAUGGUUUACAAAAUUCCAAGGUAGACCGCACGGCAUACCGCAUCGGCACGCAUCUUUUGGAUGGAUAUCGGGGGCUGGUUGCGAUGAUACACACAAAGCGAAGAAGGCAGGCUGGCUCACCGGAGUCGAAGCUGGCUAGGGUGAUGGUGAUGGGUGGUGGUAGGAUAAUGGCUGAUACGUGGUGGGCGGUAUUGUGAUGGUUGGAGUUGCAUAUGGGGAGGCGGGUUGGACGGAGGGGUCGAUAGGCGUGCAGACGCCUGGGACAGGGACGGCAGUCAGGCAGUUUUUUUGGUCUUUGUUGUCAUGUAUCCUUGUUUGGUUGAGCCCUGGGCUGGCUACAUAUAUUGUGCAUUGCAUGAUAGGAGUUUGGGAUUGAUUCCUUUGCCUUUGAUGAUGACAAGGGCAUGGGGGAUGGUCACCAUAGUAGGGUAAGACGGGGUAUUUAAUGUGAAGACAGCAGAAUCGCGAAGACUGACAGUAGACUAUCAAAUCAAGACAACAGUAGCUAGGAUUGUUGUGUCUGUCUGUCG